CCACCGUCUCCAGCACAAAGUACAUUUAUCCCAAACUCUGAGUGAUGUUUUCAGCGCUGAAAUAAGAGUUUGAUCUGCCGCUCGCCUCCUCAUGGCAGAGGUUUAUUAUAUUGGGGUGGACGUGGGUACUGCCAGUGUGAGGGCUGCACUGGUGACCAGGGCCGGUCUGCUGAAGAGUACAGCAGAGGAGCCCAUCAGCAUCUGGGAGCCCCAGUCUGACCACUAUGUCCAGUCCUCCACUGAGAUCUGGGACAGAUGCUGCACCGUUGUCAAGAGAGUAACCCAAAGUGUAGAGAAGACUCAGGUACGAGGAAUCGGUUUUGAUGCCACCUGCUCACUUGUGGUUUUGGACCAAAGCUUCCAGCCUGUGGCCGUCAGUCAGGAUGGUGACAGACAGAGGAACGUGGUGAUGUGGAUGGACCAUCGCGCUGAAGAACAGGCCGCUCGUAUAACCAACACCGGCCACCGGGUCCUGAGCAGGGUGGGGGGGGUCAUGUCACCAGAGAUGCAACCCCCUAAACUGCUCUGGCUCAAAGAGAAUCUAAAAGAAAGCUGCUGGAACAAAGCUGCCCACUUUUUCGACCUUCCAGACUUCCUGUCUUUUAAGGCAACCGGCUCUUUGACACGGUCUUUAUGUACUCUGGUGUGUAAAUGGACAUAUUGUCCUCCAGAGGGAUGGGAUGCUGGUUUUUGGACUAGCAUUGGACUGGAGGAUCUCCUAGAAAACAACUUUUCCAAAAUAGGCAGCAUGACGUGCUCUCCAGGGAGCCCGCUGGGAGACGGCCUCACCCAGGAGGCAGCGGCAGAUUUGGGUUUGGAGCCAGGAACUGCAGUUGGUGCUUCUCUCGUUGAUGCUCAUGCUGGAGGCCUUGGUGUGAUAGGUGCAGAUGUAAAAGGCUUUCACUUGCCCUGUGAGGACCAGCCGAUCACUUCACGUAUGGCGAUGAUCUGUGGGACGUCGACCUGUCACAUGGCGAUCAGCGAGCAGCCGCUGUUUGUGCCCGGAGUGUGGGGGCCCUGCCUGUCUGCCAUGGUGCCUGGUUUGUGGCUCAACGAGGGAGGACAGAGUGCAACAGGACGGCUGAUCGACCACAUGGUGAAGGGCCACGCCGCCUACACCCAGCUCCAGGAAGAGGCACGGCAGAGGUUUCCUGUUACGGGCGAGAAUAUUUACAGCUACCUGAACAGCCAUCUGAGCUUAAUGGCUAACUCCGGUUCUGCUGUUGACCUGCUGGGCUCCAGUCUUCACGUGUGGCCAGACUUCCACGGGAACAGGUCGCCCUUGGCAGACCCCACUUUGAAGGGAAUGGUCAUCGGACUGCCGCUCUCCCAAACCUUGGAUGACUUGGCCCUGCUCUACUUGGCCACUGUACAAGCCCUCGCUCUCGGUACGCUUCAUAUUCUGGAGGCCAUGAAAGAAGCAGGACAUGACAUCAGAACCCUCUUUCUGUGUGGUGGUUUGAGCAAAAACGCCCUGUUUGUCCAGAUUCACGCCAACGCUACAGGAUUGCCUGUAGUGUUGCCAGACCAGAUGGAGGCUGUGUUAAUAGGAGCAGCAGUCCUGGGUGCUUGUGCGUCACGGGACUACAGCUCCAUACAGGAGGCGAUGGAGAGAAUGGCUAAAGUGGGGAAAGUUGUUCAGCCUGACCGUGAACUCCAAAGCUUCUAUGAGAGAAAGUACAAAGUGUUCCUGCGACUGUUCGCCCACCAGAGGGAGUACCAGGCCCUCAUGAACCAGAGAUGUUGACGCUGCUGCUGGGAGGCAGCCCAGCUGGAAGUGACUCUCUGUGACAUAACAGUGAUGACAAAUCCGCACACUGGAAACCUUGCUGCUUUCCCUGAUUUUAUUAGUGGUCCAGGUUUUUUGUUUUUUUUUAAUUUUCUCAAUAACCUCACGGACAGCAGAGUUUAGACUGCACACAUGCAGGAUUUCAGAUCACCAGAUAACAGUAGAGAAGACCUCUGUAGAGACUCUCCACAGCUGUCUGCCUUUUAGAUGCUGCAGUUUGACCCCAAAAUGAAGAGGAGGCUGCAGGAGUGAAUGUGGCGAUAUCAACUGAUUUAACAGUCACUGACUUGCGAGCGGCCCCUCAGCUCUAUCCAAAAUACUGUCACCUUCAAAUGUAUUCUUAAUGAAUAAUUAAAACGAUAGAGCUGUGCUCAUGCCUUUCGCUCUCA